GAUCGCGAUUAUUCGUUGCUAUCCUUAAUUUCGCGAAGAAGCCCUAAUUUUCGAUCAUGGAAUUUUUCAAAAACGUACUCCAGGCCAGUAGACCAGGAGUGCUAUUAAUCCUGUAACUUUGCAAACGAGACCCUAUUUGGAUCUUUAUUAUUGCUUACGAUCCUCAGUUCAGACUUCAGAGAGAGCCAUAGCCAGCCCGCCGCUCCCCGCCGCUGCCUCUUCGCUCGUCUCCGUCGAGUCCGUCACGCAGAUCGGGAGAGGUUUGACAGUGCAAUGUAAUCGAUAAGCAAAACCGACAGAUACACCAAAUGGCACGCCUGUGCAGCUUCUUGUUUGCAAUGAUGUGAUCUGGCAGAAAGAAGGCUUGUUGGUUGAGACUGCAGUAGCCUUGGGCAGAUACACUUGAUGAUUUAUUGAUGCAGAAAUUAGUGCUUAGCAACAUAAUGUUGUCUGUGUACUUUAUUAAGCUAAAUGGACAAUAAAUAUGCUGAUACAAUCAGCAUGCCAUUCCUCGAAACGAAGUACUAAAGAGAAUAAAUAUCGAAGAGGUUUUUCAGCAAAUAGCUAUGUCUUCCUCGAUGAGAAGAGCAAACCCAGGAGUUAGAGCAGUCAGGAAGCCCUGGAGAGAAAGCAGUCCAAGGCUCCAAGCUAUUAGUUUUUUCAAGAAGAGAAACCUGUGACCUUUUGGUGCAAUGUCCUCUUUGGGAGAUGUUCUGCACAACAUCUUGUGAAUUGUGAUGCUAGAUUUCAUUUCCUGUUGCUUGCUUUGCUUCCAGCUGACUGUAUAUACAUAUAGGUGCUGGUAUUUCUGGCUCUGUGUGCAGCAGAUUGCUUGUCAUGUGCUUUUUUUUUUUCAGAAUGCUCUACUGAUUACAUAUUUACAUCUUCCCAGAAAUCUUGUUUAUCAAAGUCAGAUUUUUGCACAUUUUUUUUGGAGAGAUCCUUUGCACAUUUUACUCGUCUACUCAUCUGACUUAUAAUUAUUUUUUUAUCAUUUCAGCUUGGUUUCAUGACUCUCAUCUAGCACAAGCUCCCGGUCUGACUCAAGCCGAGUGGGCUGGGCCUGGGCCGCAUCACGCAGGCACACGAGCUGGGAUGGGAUCAUUUGGACUCUUCCAGUUCGCGCCUUAUAUAAUGACCUCACGCACGUUGGCUCGUCAAUCAUCAUCGGAGCAGACACGAGAGCGGCGAUCUCAUCUCAGGCGCAACGCUCUGCAAGUCUCGGAGCGCUGCCGGAGCUGGUCGCUGCACGGCGAGCUAUUCGGCGAUGGAUCAGGGGAGCUCUUCGUCGAUGUCCUCGUGCUCUUCUUCCACGACGGCGUCUACCGGGCCCGAUCAAAGAAGAUUGUCGGCGGCGGCACCGACGUUCGACCCGUCUAUGGCCUCGAGUUCGUCCAUGGCGGCUACGACGGCGGGCGUUCCAGGGAGCUCGCCGGCAAUGGCGCCUCUGCUUACCUCUGCGAGGAUGUCCUCGGGCUCUUCCGCAAGUUCCACUACUUCGUUCGACCCAGCAGGAUCGUCGGCGUUGGCACCUGCGCGCUCCCCGAGGCCUGGAUUGUCGGCGUCGGCACCUGCGUUCUACCCGACGACGGCCUCGAGCUCUUCCACGCCGGUUAUGCCGGCCGUUCCAGGGUUCUUGCCGCAGAUUCCUGAGCCCACCGCUUCUUGUUCCGACUUUCCUCCGGAGAUGCUCUGGCAUCAUCCUUGUGGAGAACAGAAGAUCAAAGGAGGACGGCCGGACCUUCUUGGUCGUGAGUUUGGUAUUCUUGCUGAACAGAAGAGGUUGAUUCAGAGACAUUUAGAUCUGAAAGAAGAAAUGCAUUUGCGCCAUAACAAGGAGAUCGAGAAUGCCUUCAUUUCGGAGACAAGGCUGGCCCGGGGUGUGGAGCAAGAUCUGCUUGGGGACUGCAAGAAGGCCGUGCUAGUGCAGCAAGAUCAAUCUGGAAAAGAAGAAGAAAGUCAUCAGUGCCUGAGGCAGCUGCAAGACGUCAACGGCGAGCAGCUUGUGGGGGUGCCGAAGCUGGGUCUUCCUGGAGCUGAAGAAAACGUUGCAUGCAACAACACUGCUUCCCAUAAAGAAUUCAGUGAAUUUCCAGGUCCAGAUAUUAAGUUUGGGAGCAUCAACAUCAGAGAUAUACCAUUGCUGCAGGGAAGGCAAGCUGCAGUUAUUCUGCCCAAUCCUCAGCUAGAUAGAAGAACUUCCGGUUUAACUCCAGCUGGAGCCAGUUCCCUGGAUCAGGAGACAGAUCAGGAGCUGAAUGAAAAGCUUUUGUAGUAGUUAUGAAAUAGUUACUCAGAUCGUGCUCCUGUGGACUUGUGCAGUUGUGUUGUGCUGUACUUACAAAUCUGUCUUAAAUUGGGCAUUUGUCAUGCUGAAAAGAAUCCGCUGAAGAUAGUGGUAAACUGGUACACAAAAUUCUGUCUUGAAACACCCAUUAGGCCAUUAGGCCCAUUAGUCAGCAAGAACAUGUUGAAGGCAGUGUCACCCUGCUGUGCAUUAUAUAACUCAGAAUAGCAAGUAUUCUUUGGCUGUUUGUACUGAACAAUAGCUCUGGUAGCUACAUUCUGUAAAUUUUUUUGCCUUCUGGAAAUGAAAAUCAGCAAGAACAUAUACUGUCACCCUCCUUUGUAUAAUGCAAUGUAGAAAAGUGAGUAU